CGAUGCUCAAGUACCAGAAGUGGCUCGCCGCGUUCGUCGUGCUGCUGGCGCUGUGGCUUCUGCUGCUGCGGUACGCGACCGAGACCGUGCAGGACCCGCGCAUGGUGCAGGUGGUGACGGCGCUGCCCAUGUACGCGCUCGUGUCCUUCGGCGCGUACUCGCUGGCUGUGAUCGCGCUGUCCGUCAUGGCGGUGCAGGACUUCCCCGAGGCGGCCAAGGAGCUCGACCGGCAAGUAGUGGAGGCCAAGGCAGAUCUGACCAAGAAGGGAUUCAAGUUCUAGAGGCUGCAGGAGGGACAAGAUACGCGUGGAGAGGCGAGCCAGCGUGGUGCAGCGCGGCGGAACGAAGAAACCCGCCUUCAGCGCGUGCUAUACAGCUCGGAUUGCAGUGAAUGGAGGCUCCUCCUGAUCGCAA